AUGGCGCAAAAAAUAAAUCCGAUUUCAGUCAGAUUGAAUCUGAAUCGUAGUUCAGAUUCAAGUUGGUUUAGUGAUUAUUAUUAUGGAAAAUUGUUGUAUCAAGAUGUAAAUUUUAGAGAUUACUUUGAUUUAAUACGUCCACCUACGGGAAAAACGUUUGGCUUUCGUCUCGGUAAGUUUAUUAUUCAUCAUUUUCCUAAAAGGACAUUCAUUCACGUAUUUUUUCUGGAUCGACUUAGCCGGUCAAGACACACAGGCCUUGGGGCAAUACAAUCGGUCAAGCUGAUUAGGCGUAUUGACGACGCUACAGAGAUACAGCGAAACGAAGUCAAGAGUCGGCGCUAUGGAUACGAUGAUAGGUUACCAUCAAUGCACGAAAUCGAUCAAUUACUUCGAAUCAGCGGUUGGAUGGCCUCCAAAAACUCUACUUCUUUGAAGAACGAUGCCCUUUUGGAGAAUGAUGACAGAAAAAUGUCAGAAAAAAGCUAUGCGUUUUCUCGUUUUGGCUCUUUGCGUCAAAUUAGCGACGUAUUUCCACAGACCAUUUUUGCAGCUGUGCGUGCUCCCUUAAAUCAUUUGGUCAUGCAAUACUUCUUUCAUCCAAAGAACCGAAUUCAAUUUGAUCCUAUUGUUAACAUAGUUUCCGAUUUGGCGGCACGGAGCAGAUAUAUGCCGGAGGAAGCAAAAAAGAAAGAGGACAGCUUGAAGGAAAGAAUGCGUUCUAUUCUCUUGAAUAAAAGCAUUUGUUCGAAAAAAGAAGGCUUAACCUAUAUGGACAAAACCGCGCAAGGCUCCUAUGUCGAAGCCUUACGAGGUUCUACCCACUUCAUUCGCCAAGCGGACAAAGUGGGCUUUGCAAGAAAAAAUAGACCCGAAAUUUCUCCGAACAUCCAAACGGCUUAUUCAGUUUGGCUUUCCUCUGAAGCUAGUAAUUCCGGAAGGACAGAGAUGCGUAGCGCAGAAGAGCUUUUAGCUCUGCGCACGGCGCUCCCCAGCUUCGCCCGGGCACGAAUGUUCCCACACCAGAAUGCCCUCCACUGCUUGCGCAAACAGAGCCUUUUAAGGCUUCAUUUUCAAAUCCAUCGCGAGCAAGGCAUGCCAUUAGCUAAUAAUUACAUAAUAAAAAGCACAGAGCCGAUUCGUCAACCCUGGUCUAUAUUGGAUUUCGGUGCUCCCUUUAUUUCAAGAGAUGCUGAAUGGAGGAAAGUUCACUCUUUGUUCAGUCGUUAUUAUUAUUGGAAAAAAAUGCAAUUUUUCUUAUCUAAUCAAACAAAAACUAAUACCUUAAUUAGGCCAGUCAAAAUAGCUUCUGUUUAUCAAAGUGCUUCUCUAAUUGCUCAAGAAAUAUCUUGGAAACUAGAACAAAAAAAAUCAUUUCGACAAAUUUGUAGAUCUACAUUUCAACAGAUUGAAAAAUGCCAAUAUGUUAAGGGAAUCCGUAUUUGUUGUUCAGGCCGAUUAAAUGGCGCAGAAAUUGCUAAAACUGAAUGCAGAAAGUACGGUGAAACCUCUUUACAUGUAUUUUCCGAUCAAAUUGAUUAUGCGAAAGCACAAGCAUCUACUCCUUAUGGGAUUUUAGGUGUCAAAGUGUGGGUUUCAUAUUUUUAA